UUUCAAAUAAUUUAUUUCUUAAAGUGCAUGAAGUAAAUAUACAUAUGUUCGUCAAAUAAUUACAACAAUAAUUGUUCAGUUUUGUGCUAGAAUCAAAGGUAGUAAAAAUUGGGUCAAAGAACUGAAACAAAGAAAAAUACCACUUAUAAUUAGGCGCAAUUUACUUUUAAAGUCUGCUCAUCUUUUUCGCUUGAAUCGGUGUGUGUACGUGCGUGCGAGCGUGUGUGUAUGUGUUGUGUGACCCCUUUUAGUCGCCUCUUACGACAGGCAGGGGAUACCGUGGCCGUAUUCUAAACCCCCCGAGCCACAGGGGGCUAUUUACCUGACAACUAUUACCAAGAUUAGGUUUCGCUAGAGGUUAUGCUUUUGAAGAUUGUAGUAAACAUUAUAACAUAUUGACAAUACAAUGGAUGAAAAAGUAACAAAGUCAUUGGCAAACGAAAGAUUGAAUUAUGAGAAUAAACUCAUAUUAGCACCUAUGGUGCGUAUUGGUACCCUUCCUAUGCGCCUUCUUGCACUUGAUUAUGGUGCUAAUAUUGUAUACACAGAAGAACUCAUAGACUGGAAACUGUUAAGAUCAUUUCGCCGUGAAAAUAAUGUUCUAGGAACAAUUGAUUAUGUAGACAAAACAGAUGGUACUAUAACUUUUAGAACAUGUCCUAGAGAGAGAGAUCAAAUAGUUUUACAAAUUGGUACUUGUGAUGCAGCAAGAGCACUGAAAGUUGCUAAAAUGAUUGAACAAGAUAUUGCUGGAAUUGAUUUAAAUAUGGGCUGCCCAAAAUUGUUUUCAUUGGUAGGAAAAAUGGGAGCUGCCCUUUUACAAGAACCAGAAACUGCAAUGAAUAUUCUAAAAACAUUGGUAGACAAUUUGAGUAUACCAGUAACUUGUAAAAUUCGUGUAUUGCCAGACCUAGACAAAACUUUGGAACUUUGUGAACUUUUGGCCUCAACUGGUAUAUCAGCAAUAGCAGUUCAUGGUCGUACUGUUAAUGAAAGGCCUCAACAUGCAAACCGUAAUGAAAUUUUAAGAGAAAUUUCCAAGAAGCUUUCAAUACCAGUUAUAGCAAAUGGAGGUUCAAAAGAAAUACAAAAGUAUUCUGAUAUUUUCAAGUUUAAAGAAGUUACAGGAUGUAGUAGCGUAAUGCUUGCACGUGCAGCUGAAUGGAAUUGUUCAAUAUUUAGCAAAGAUGGUUUACUUCCCAUGGAAGAUGUGAUAAAGUCGUAUUUAAAAUAUGCUGUGGAUUGUGAUAAUCCACCUUCAAAUACCAAGUAUUGCAUACAGAAUAUUCUUCGUGAGCAACAAGAAUCAGCACUAGGCAGAAAGUUCCUUAGUUCUCAAACUUUAGAGCAAAUAUGCGCUAUAUGGAAUUUAAGUGAUUAUUGUCGUUUAAAAAGAAAAGAAUUUGAUGAAAAAGGUUUAGAGGGAAGAUCUCAGGUUUCGCCUAUGAAGGAUGACGAUAAACAGAAUGAAGACCAAAUGUCAAAUAAGAGAAAAUUAUUAGAUGAAGAGGACGUAGUUUUAAUGCAUUGUGCAUUUUUAAGAAAUAGUUAUUCGACGGAUCUUGAUUUGCCAAAAACUAUAUUACACAAAUGGACACAAAGUAAGAGGAAGAAAAUGCCGCGUUACGAUACAUUACAAAGAGGAAAGCUCUUCCGUUCUAUUGUUACCGUCGAUGGGAGGAAAUUCGGAUCAUCUUUCUGGGAAAAAAAUAAAAAGUGGGCAGAACAAGGAGCGGCAUUGGUUUGCCUUGUUUCAUUAGGUCUAGUCAGUAACAAAAAUUUCGCCACAAAUGACAAUAUAUCUUCUUGAUAUCAAUAACCUAGAAACAGAACUGAUUAAUAAACGAAAUAUUUUUACGUC